UUGAGAUUCUGUGUUGUGGUGUUUAGGCCGUCGAAGCUGGGCCAAAUCGGACCGCAGUUUUGCAACAAGUCUGCCGUCUACAACGAGUCAACCGUGGAGGAUUUGCGCCUGACCUUGGACGAGUACUGGGCGGACAUAGAGGGCACAGGCGACGAGCGCUUCUGGGAGCACGAGUGGCUGAAGCACGGCACAUGCGCGAUGACUGAUCGCCUGCUGCGCACCGAACGCUCCUACUUCGAACAGGGCCUCGCCUGGAACAAGCAGUACAACGUGAAUGACAUGCUUAACGCCGCACAAGUGCGUCCCGGCGACAACAACCAGGCCUACAAUGUCACCGUCAUCGCCGACGCCAUACAAACCGCUACCGGCAAGGCGCCCCGCAUUCAGUGCAUUCAUGAUGUGAAAACCGGGCUGCCAUUCCUGUUUGAGGUGCGCAUCUGUUUUGACAAGAACCUGACACUGACCGACUGCUUUGGAACCCGGGCGAGCGACACGUGGAUGUACACAGCCGGCUCCACCCACAGGUGGCGUGGCGGAGGCGGCAUGGAGGUGAAAGAGUCCGCCAAAGUGGUGACCAACUGCCCGAUGGACAAGCCCAUCAUGUACCCUGGCAGUGUGCCGUCGCCCCACCGCAGGCGUGCCCUCUUUGAAGACGACCAGCCCCAAUUCUUCCUUGUCAGGUUUUACAAAACGUUGAAACUGCUUAUCUGGGCUACAUUAUAAGACAAUCUAACGUGUUCUAAACAUAUCUGGAGCUGUAUUCAGGAAUUUGAACAUGCGACUAUUUUAUGCUGGGUUGUGUCAACCGGGAUUAGCCGUGCGAUUAGUUGUGGUCCCUGGCCCCUCAAACGGUGAAAGCGAGCUGGUAUAGAUGGUACAGUCUCAAGAGUAAGGAUAAAAUUGCAGCGGCGUAAAGACAGCCGUGACUGAACCAUCCAUAGUAGUGUGACGGAAUUUUGUUUCUUGUACAUAUCAUUCCUUCUAUCUCUGCGUGCGCACUGUCCAAAGAUUAAUUGAGAAUAGAAUAGUAAAAUUACUUGAUGAUGGGAGGCAGGAAGUAGACUGAUCCAUGACCUCACCACAAACUUUUCAGUGAUCUAUCGCAUAUGGAGAUGGAAAGCCAGGACUCACAACUAAUUUUGUUUGAUGCAACCUAACAUUAUAGAAUGUUUAUGACUAUCUAUGACUAAUGGCUAUAUCUGAGGACUUACGAAUUCCAUAAAAGUAAUAGUUCAACGUAACAUUUACAAGUAGUGCCAUUGUAGAACUUGUUUAUUUAAAGAGCACAUCUAUUGGAAAAAUAUCAAUAUCCGAUUGGUAGUUUAUUGGUUUAGACAGCAUAGUGUACUGAAUCGUAGUUUUCUUUGUAUUGGAAACCUGAAAAUAAUUUUUUAAACUGAUAGACUGGUUUUCCCCUAUCCAGUAGAAUUUCUCUUUGUGAAACUGAUUGUUGUGAAAUCCUGGUGAAGUAGAUGUUUAUUGAAACCAGAGAUUCGCCACGACGAACAGUAGGAAAUUGUUCUCAGGUUCGGAUUCCUCAUUCUUGUAUUCUUGUAAACUUUUAUUGAAGAGCACUUUGUAGAAUUUUUUAAUAAUUUAUGACCAGUAAUGUGUACCAAAAUGAGUGAGGUUAGCCACUAAUUCAACGCACUACAUUUUCCACUGAAAACAACGAAAACCAUUGAUGCUACGUCGGAGCAACUAGUACUAACAUUCAACUUUUAUAUUAGUGGCUAGCCUUAUACUAUUUGAAAUUCUGUUUUAAUGUGAAUGUUUAAGGAGGAACUAGAAUACGAUUUUUAAAACAUCUAUAUAUUUACGUUUGUUUGAACUGCAUUUGGUAAAUUAUAACAUGAAAAAUCGAAAGAAAAGCUUGAAUUUUUUUGAAUAACAUUUUUGUUAACUAACCUUAUGUUGAACUCUCCUUCGUACAGUGAGUUGCAUAAUGGAAUAGAAUAGUAUUAUGAAGAUUUAUUACUUCUGGGGACUUGAACUGGGAUUUGAAUGAAAGUAAAUGUCAGGUUUUUUCCUUGCACAACGCCAUUACAGAAUAGAUUAUGUGGAAUAAAAUUACACCGAAUCUCUUGUAUAUAGAAUGGUGUUAAUUUCUUGAUUUACUUUUGAUUGAAGUUUUAGAAGCUUCUUCAAUGUUGAUGAAAGGAAAUGUUCUUGUAUUGUUUGUAGAUGUAACUAAUUCAACUUAAUAUUGUUGUUAAAUAUUUGCACUGUUAUGGGUGUAGUUUUCCUGUCAUUAUCAUGAUAAUGAUCUUCGAUUUAAGUACAGCUAUCGCACAUAGAAAUAAUUAUAAUAGAAGAAAAUAUAGCCAUAGACGAUAAGGUAAUAGUUUUCAACUGUAACGACAAAUUUAGUAGUUUACAUCUGACGUGGUAUAAAUACCGUAUUUAAUUUAGCUCCAAUAAUGUCCAAUUAUCAAUUAUUAUGAUUUCAUUUUGUUUCUAUCAGAUGGACUUUUGUUACAUAGAUGAGAUUUUCUACCUUAAUUCUGUUGGUGAUUCUCGAAUUGUGUACUUGUACUUCUAUUGAUCUUAUAGUCGUUAUAGGAUUCUUCCAAUGACUAGAUUAUGAUGUGACUAGAUUAUUUACAGUGUUCAACAAAGAAUUUACAGUGACUAAUUGGUUCAAUUCCAAUGACUAGACCUUAUAGAAUAGGUCCUGAUAGAUUUAAGGUAUCACAAUUUCUGAAGUACAUUUAUUUGAGAAACUAUUCAUCUAAUAAAGCUUUAGUCAGUUUGAAACCCCUUUAUUCUAAUUUUGUCUUUAAGUUAACUAACGUUUAAUACCUCGUAUACUUAUCAAUUAUAUAUUUUUCUAAACCAACAACCUUAUAAUACAACAAGUGCUUUUAAGGUUGUUUAAAUAACCUUGCUUCUCAAGGUUUUCUGAAUAAUUUUUAUCCAAAUAAGUCGUUCGGUAAUUUUUUCAAACUUUGUUUAGCAAUAUGAUCAAACGAUUUCCUUUUAAUUCCAAAAUAAUAAUACCGGUAUUCUGUUUAUGAAAGUAAUACUUUCUUACAAUUCUCUAUCAACCAGCUAGGUCAAUAUGUAUCUAAUACGUGUUAAACUUGCUCUGUUUCAACAGCGAAAUUUUUGUAGAAAGUGUUGUAGAAUGUGAAAAGUAAUAUUUUCAAUAAAUUACAAUUAUUUCUUGCUUGAAUGUUGAGCGAAAACUGAGAAAUCAUAAACUGAGGUGAGAUUUGAAGCCCAUUUAAUACCUUCUCAAUGUUAUCAAGAAUUUUUUCUGAUAAAUCAUUUAUCAAAGAAAUUUAUAGAUGGGGUAUUUAUAUAGCCAUAAUGGACUUAAAGCAACUUGUAGAAUAUUCAAAAUCAUUACAGUUUUUAACAAUUUUAGGUACUGACAAAACUUAUGAUUUAUGUCAAAUAUUAAUGUGAAUAAUAUUUUCGUUUCAUCUGUUACUUGAAGUUGUGCGUUUCAUCAUGCUUUAAUUAAUUUUGAAUUAGUAUUUUUCUCGAAAGAUAGCAACAUUCGAGUAUAUCGUAUAGGUAACAUAAAGGUAUGUUCAAUUCUCACCACUACUACAUUUUGAUCAUUCUAGAAAAAACUGUUCAUGACUUAUCACCAACUGAAUAAGAUUCUACUUUUCUUGCUCUGGGAUUGUUCUCUCUCAAAAGUAACAUUAAAUGAACACUUAAAGCAAGAAAUGAAUUUGAUCAGUCACAAAAGUUCUUUACUAGCUUUUUUAUAGAUUUUAUUUGCUCUAAUUACACUCAUAAUAGUAAUUUGAUAGUUUUAUGUGUUUUUAGACAUGCUGAAAAAGACAAUUUGAAUUCACAUUUUGUUCUUCUAUAGUAAAGAUGCUCUUACUCAGCUGUCGUUGCUUUAUUCAUUAAUUUAAUGUUAAUUACUAUUUUGAAAACAUGAAUUUACUUAUUUGAAAUUACUUAUUUGAUCAGAAUAUUCUAUUUUCUAUAACAUCGAAGAUUGUUUACGGUCACAUCCAAAUUUUAAUGAAAAGCUUUAGAAAAGUAUUAAUUUUGUACAACGUAAUAUAGGAGUUGUACAUCGCAUAUGACUUGCUUUCUAAUAACUUAAUUUAUAUUUAUAAAUAUUUAAGUUGUGAUUCACCUUUAUUUUGAGUUUGACUUUGUGAUACUUUGAUUGCAAAAAAGUAUAAUUUUGUAAUGUUGUCCAAUGAAUGUAAAUUAAUAUUAUCAAAUGAGUAUUUUUGUAUAUUACUUAACUUCUUAUGAAUAAAAAUAUAUGAAAGCUUU